AUGUCGCCUUUCGACGAUACGGGCAGAAUACACAAGUGGCCUUUGCUGAUAUCCAACUCCGUCCUCUUUGGCGUCUGUCUAGCAAGCGUUAGCGUUCGAUACUACGUCCGCUUUUUCAUACAGAAACAGUUGUCGAUAGACGAUGGCAUUCUACUCUUCGGGAUUCUAUGCUUGAUCUCAGCCAUGGUCUUACUGAUCAUCUUCGUCGACGAUUUGUUCCUGGUCGAGGCACUGGAAGGAAGCACGAUCCCGGCCGACUUGCCGGUAGACUUCCUUCAGCGUGUCUUCGAUUUCGAAAAAUUGGUUGUUGGUGGUCUGGUGCUGACGUGGUGUGCUAUCAUCUCCGUGAAGUUCAGCUAUCUGUUCUUAUUCAGAAAGCUUAUUGAUCGAAUUCGUCCUAUGGUCCUUUACUGGUGGGUUGCUGUGAUAUUCAAUGCGUUGAUCUCGAUUUAUGGAAUUAUCAUCUAUGCCGUUAUACGCCCUUGGUAUUGUACCACUAUUUCAGUGGAGUGUUUGCAGGGAAACGGUCUAGACAAAUCAUUUGCUUUCGCAAUCAGCCAGAUGGUUCUCGACAUCUUCGGUGAUCUCUUGAUAUUGGUUAUCCCCUUCCACCUCAUCUGGAGGAUCAAAGUCCGAUUGUCGCAAAAGCUCGUCUUAGCGUCAACCCUCUGUUUCACCGUCCUAACCAUCAUGUGCACAAUAACCCGUGUCGUCGGUGUUCGCACGAGCUCCAGCGAUUCCUCCUUAGACACCGUUUGGCAGACAUACUGGCAGUACAUCACUGCCAACAUCGCGCUGACCAUGACAGCGGCUACAGCCUUCCGAGCGUUCUUCAUCUCCAGACAUCAAGACAGACCAGCGCAGAGACAGGGAUCCAACAAGUCUUGGAUUAGUAGGAGUUGGCGGUUCUUCAAAUUGGUGCUGAGGCCGUGGUCAUGGCAAGGGAAAAGCAGCGCACUGCAAAUUGGUGAAGACUCCAGUAACCGAGGAAUAGAACUGCCAUUGAUCGAAGAGCGGGCCACCAUGACUGGCAUGCGGACUUUCAUCAACCGGCAAGGAGAAUUCGGUGAAGAAUAG